CCCGUCCCGCCCAACAUGCCCCCCAAGAGGCCCCCGCCCCUUCCCAGAAGUCUUUUCACAGGACAAGGCCCCCUGGCCCCUGGCAGCGCGCCUCUCCCCCCGUCCCCCACCCGCAUACACCCCGACUACAUCGUCGACUCUCACUCCUUUGUCACCUCUUUCGAACAUACUCCUGAUCCUAUAUACCAGGGCCUCGCAGAAGUAUAUCCCAGGCCGCCGGUGAGAAAUGCCGUUCAGGUCAAGAUGAAGAUAAGCGCCGAGCCAGCACAAGCUAUCCUCGGCGUGAAACCCUUCGCUAUCCACCCUACCGUCCUCAACCUCACUCUUGCCACCCCUCCAUCAGUGACCAACAUUGCCAAAGGCGCCGUCGACAUCAUUGUACCUUCCACGAUGCCCUUGGCGGAGAAGGAUUGGGAUCUGCUCGACGAGGCUGUUAUCGCUCUCGAAGGGUGCUGGGGACAUGGCGAGGAACGUAAACCGAAGCCAGGGAAAAUUGUGAUCUCCGGUCUACUUGUCCCACCUCUUACCAAGCCGUCCUCCGCCCUCAUCCGUUCAGAAUCGUACAACCUUUAUCUGGCUCGCCUAGCCUCUCUAUCUCUCCAUGCUAAUGUCUUUCUCAAGGCUCUCCCGCCUGUAGCCGAGGUAUUUGAGUUGGGGCCAGAUGGGAAAUGGUGGACCGAUAGGAAAGAGCUUGAACGGGUCUUGAGGAUGUAUGUAUCCCAUGCCAUAGAAACAUUUGGCACCCAUCGUCUCAUUUUUGGCUCCUCUCCAGCCCUACCCCUCUCAGACCUCGAACAUGUCAGUCAUACGCACACCAUCGGCGAACUCGAACAGCCUAUAAGUAAUGGGGAGUGGUACGCUGUACUACGAAAGUGUGUGGCAGAGCUUGGCGAAGGGGUGGAAGAGAUGACGGGAGUUAUGGGAGCGAACGCCGCAGGAGUUUAUGAUUUGCAUGCUUAAGAUAUUGAAGCUGGGACGAGAGCUGUUAAAGUAAGGAUAUGAGGAUGGUCGCUAUGGGCGUCAUGGAGACCUAUUAAUAUCUUGAAGAUCAAUCACUCUGUAAUGAUUGAUAAUGACCUACCAUGAAAGGCGGACAUGUAAUGAAAGGACUCAAUACCAGGAGAGAAGGAAAUGUAAUAAUGAAGCGAGUAAAUAACUACGGGAAUUUACUGUACAAGGACAAGUAGUUGAAAGAUAUUUGUUUUUAACGAUAUGCAGU